AUGGCAAAAGUACUACGUUGGUUCGGAAAGAAUGGUAAACGAUACGACUAUAACAACGACGACGAUAAUAACCGCACAUCAUCACCAUCACAAUAUUUAAAAACUAGACAUAAGGUGGAAUGGAUUAAACAGCAUGAAACAUCGUCUCGUGGCAAUUCAUGGACGAACAGUAGAGAUUUUGGAUCGAUAAUGCAAUAUCGACAAGAAUUUGAUCAGUUUGCAUGGAAAAAACAUCAUAGUUUACCAAUUCCGCGUGAUAAACAUAGUUAUAAUAACAAUUAUAGUUAUCAUGAAAGUAAUAAUAACCAUAAUAAUAUUUAUAAUGUUUAUGAUGAGGAUGAUUACCAAAACAAUUCAUCACCUUUAUUGGAAGCUUCAAAAAAAGUCUUGACCCCUGCUAAAAUAAUUGUUGCUACUAAAGAAAAUUUAUCUAGAAAUAGUAGAUCUAGCAUUCAAUCAAUCCAAUUACACUCGAUUAAGCGUGAUACGAAAAGAUUUAGCGGUAAUAUUAACAUCAUUAACAAUAAUCAUAAUGCUAUUAAUGAUGAGAUUAAUCAAGAUAAAAUUGAAAUUAAAACCAUUAAAGAAGAUGAUGGUGUUGAUGAUAAUAAUCAUUCAUCGUCAUCGUCCAAUCAUGAAAAUCACAAUCACGUUCGAAAUAGAAAUUCGUCAAAUAGAAGUUCGAAUAUCCCAUCAUCAAAUACAUCAAAUAAAAGUCUGAAUGGUAUACCAUCAAGUACAUCAAAUAAUAGAAAUUCGUCAAGUAGAAACUCAUUAAAUAAGCAUUCAUUAAAUAGAGAUUCGAUAAGAUCAUCGAUAUCCGCAACAAGUUCAACGUCACAUCCAUCAUCUAGCAGCGCUAAAACUACCGGCAACGAAAGAAAAAAUAUAAUAUUAAAACGUAAUUUUGCAAGAUGUAAUACUUGUAGAAAAUCAAUGAUGGAAGAAAAGUGGGAUAAAAAAACUUAUCAAUAUGUUUGUUGCGGUGAAUGGGUGGUUGCUCUGAAACGACUUCACAACUCAAAAUACGUCACCACCGAUUUCUUUAAUGAGAUGAGUAUACAUUUGAGAAGUGAAAAUAAUAGCGGAAAUUAUUUUAUACGUUAUUAUGGUAUAACGCAAGACCCCAACACCAAAGAUUAUAUGAUAGUUGAACAAUUUGCUCGUAAUGGCAAUCUACAAUCAUACAUUAAGAAAAAUAGGAAAACUCUAACAUGGCAAAAAAGGUUGGAUAUUUUGUUUAGCGUAGCAACAGGAAUCAACAGGAUCCAUUCGAAAAAGAUGUUGCACAGGAACAUACAUAGUGGCAAUAUACUUAUACAUUCUUUAACUACCACUUUGGUGAGUGAUUUGGGUUUGAGUUCUCGGGCUGACAAAGGAACAUCUUCCACAAACAUAAAUGACAUAAGCGGAAGUCACAAAUCGACAACGUUGGAAUUACUUGAUGAUGGCGUUGCAGUUCAAUUCAACAAAGCCGAAGAAAUAUUUAAUAACAAUGUUGGCGGCCUAGAAGAGGAAGAAGAGGAAGUGGUUGAUCCUGGGGCAAUAUAUAUUAGUAGAUUUUUGAAAUUUUCUGAAUUACAAGAACCAACAAUUAUUUUCACCAGAACAAACGAUCCUAUCGAACAUUUAUCUGUAAAAAAUCAUAUUAUUCUAGAAACCCAAUUGUGUAAUCUUAAAUACGAAAUUUUACAAACUGAAAAUACUAAAGUCGCAGCUGAAGUUUAUGAAAUUUUAAAAUAUUUGUAA